AUGCAGUGUGAACAAGUGGAACAGUCUAUUUCCACACAACCAUCUAAAAAGCAGAAGGUGAUGGGUCACCUAAAACAGGGAUCGGAUGCAUCCACAUCCACAGAAGACAAAUCCAAACGUGCUCGCAAGCAGUCUGCUCCGGUUCAAAUUCGGGAGAAGGUGCCUCCGCUGUUUGUAAAAACAACUGAAAUCGGCAUGCUGCGAGAUGAGCUCGCCCGAAUGCAGAUCUACCCUCUGUUUAAGCUCUGCAGUACGGGCAUCAAAAUUAUGUGCUCGUCACUCUUGGAUUACGGCAAAGUCAAACAGGAGUUAACUGCUGGUGAAUUCCAAUUCUAUACACAUGACAUCCCCAGUAGCAAACCCCUGAAAGUGAUCAUUCGAGGUCUCAAUUGCCUGCUGGAAACCGAGCUCAGGAAGGAACUGGAACGCCUUCACCUUCAGCCUCAGCGAAUUUUCACCAUUGUGAGAAAGGACCAAACUGGUGAAUACCGUGACCAGCUGUGCCUGGUGCAUUUUGCAAAGGGUUCCACUACUCUGGCUGCACUUCGUCAAAUUCGUGCCCUCUUCAGUCUCGUCGUUGAGUGGGAAGCAUAUCGUCCACGUCAUCGUGAUGUCACCCAGUGUAUGAAUUGUCUUGGAUUUGGACAUGGUACCAGAAAUUGCAACAUGAACGCCCGCUGCGACAAAUGUGCCGGCAAUCACGUCACCAUGCGAAUCGGACACGGUAGUUAA